UGUGCUUACCAUUGUACUUGUAGGUAUGUAAAAAAUAUUUGCUUUGGUCGCAUUAUACAAAACUGCGCAUAUCAUACGCGUUGACUUGGCCAAGACCUACUCUAGGUGUUCCAGAAAUUUUUAUGAAUAGGCAUUGGAUCGCAGCUCUUAUGGGCUUAAUGUCAAACAAGAGUUAAGCAGUGGUAUCUUGAUGAAACAUUUGUGAUUACGGUAAUGUCACUAGCCGCUGAAAAAUUCGGCUAGAUUUUUCCAUAGACUUUUGGGAUACAUAUUUAUAUAUCCCUGUACUUUUCAUUUUCUCUUCAUAAACCGUGCUUUCGCGUUACUGCGUUCAUGUUUUCAGAAACCGAUAGCAACUUGCUACAGUAGAAUACAUUUACAAAAUACUUUCCGGUAUUCCUGUCAAAAAGGUAUCCGUAAAGAAUUUCAUGGAUCAGCUGCCCAAUACAACUGUACCUAGGUAUUGAUUUUUAUAAUGCGUUAUUGAAGUGUAUUAUUGUGCAAUAAGGUGGAUAUCAUUCUUUCAUAAUUUAUACAAACUUUCGUAUACACCGACCGCUUAUGCGCUUGUGCCUAGCAGACUCCCCUUUCUGGGUUAGCGGAAGCGUGACUGCAGCUUCGGGACGCAGGUUGUGCGUAAUACGGGGACUAAUCUCCCACUCCAACGGUACUGCAUUGAUCCGGGUCGCCUUAUCCACGUACAUCGGGAUCGCUCUCCACAAUAUGAAACGUCAGUUUUCCAUCUGUUGCUAAAAACCUAAAUGCAGCCGAGCUACGCUUUUUCAACAUAGUCCGUAGUUUUAAUGGUAAAUUCUUUAAUAGUCGGGACAGGAAGUAACGUUUGAGUGUGUUUCUAAUGGGAAUUAACUCUAGGAGUCCUGCUGAAGUAUGUACAACAUAAUCAUGGUUUUCCGUUAUUUGAUUUAUCUGACAAAGUUGAGAAGUUCCAACUAAAUAUUUGAAGAAAAUGGUCACUCGUACCGUUUCAUCAUAUGCGUUUCUUUUGACCGCAUUAUAUUACAUGCAGUAUCUGUACUGCAGUCUUCUUCCAACGUGCAGCAAGGAAGCUGCCAGAUUUGCGCUGACACAAUGCGAUGAAGACAACGGCGUGUGGCGCGUAGUAGUGCCUUUCAACGAGUCUUUCCGUUGCACGCCGGAGCCGAGUACGCCGUUACGGAUACCAACGUGUGAUAUCACCUGCGAGCCUGGAUACUUUUACAAUCUGGAGGCAUUAAACUGCACCCAGUGUCCCGGUGGAACGUUCUCUGUUGGAAAUGCGCAAAAGUUUGCCGACUGGACUAGCUUUCCGCGUGGGUUUUCAACGCAGUCGGCUCCGCUGAUGCAAACAAACAAGCUAACUCAUUUAUUCGACACUAGCGGCACAGAUAACAGCUUGCACAGCGCGUGCACCAAGCAAACAUGGACUCCACGGGGAGAUUACAUUGCCCUGGAGGAAGGCGAGGGCUGCAUUGCCAAACUACUACUGGAAGUGGAUUUAAUUCAGGAUGGGUUCGUGGAAUUCGAAUACCAGUAUCCCGAAUCGAGUUUAAUGUUCAUGUUUUCCACGAUACGGUCGGAAUGCAAAACGGCAACCGGCCGACUAAAGGAGACGCAGAGCAUAAAAACCUUCCCAGAACAGACAUAUCGCACUUUAUGGUCAUCAAGCAAAAUAGCUCUGCAGAAAGGUAAACAGAAUUUGGUGUGGACAGCGAUCAGUAUCGCCUCGGGAUCGCAAGACUCCAGCUACAAACCGAUACGGAUCCGUAGUGUUGUCGUGGCGGGGGUGAAGUACAGUGCCGUCUGUACGCCAUGUCCGGCCGGGACAUUCAGUACAACAGGCUCAUCGAAGUGCGUGGAGUGCCCACAAAAUUCCUGGUCACUAAAAGGCAGUGUCCACUGCCUGGACUGUCCGAGACAUCAGUACGCUUUACCGGGAUUUUCACAGUGUUUUGACCGUUCCCGCUGCACUGCAGAUGAUUACCGUAAAGUGCUGCAGGAAUGCCAAGCGGAUGGUUAUACUCGUGUUUCUUACGCCUGGACUGAACCGAAAAUCUGUCAAGACGAGGGCGGGGCACAAUUACCUCCUCCGGAGAAAAUUCUUUGUCCCAGGUGUCCUAAAGGUAUGGUAAGGCAUAACGCGACCUUUUGCGAUGCCUGCGAGGACAGUCAAUUUGUUGACGAGCGCGGCAUAUGUCAAAACUGCCCCGCUACCGAGUGGGUGCCGGCGUAUUUCUACGAUUUGUCUGAGUGGAAUUAUUUUCCAUUCGGCGUGGCGUCGCUGUGCUGGAGCCCGACGCCGAUGGGGUGCGCCAACGAGGCGGGUUGGCAACUGAAUAACGACAGUGUCAUUACUGGUUAUGGACACGAGGAUGAUGCGUUGUUGGUGCUCCAGCUUGUUUCCGCUGGGUUCAGAGAUUCCGAUGCCGACGGCGUCUUCUCCAAAUUGUCCUUUGAAUUUGAGAUAGUUUGUAUCAGCCCGACCUGUCAGUUAGAUUUCGUAUUGGAAGACACGGAAACCGUAGGACGAGUCAGCUCAUGGUCUGGAUCGCAGCGGCGGCAGACGUUUGACUUUGCCAUCAAACGUAAUGCCAGCGUAGCACUGUCCUGGAUCUUCGUAAAACAAAUUUCCCAGGGAAUUUUUACCGGCGAUGGAAGCACGCGUAAAUACGGAAAAGACAUGGUGCGAAUUUUUUCCAUUCGCUUAACCAACACCCUCGAUGGCGGCGCUGUGAGCUGCAAACCUUGCAACGACAAAAACAGCGGGAAGUGUAUGCGUUGCCCAACGGACCAGCAUUUUAAUACAGUUACUCAAAAAUGCGAGUCCUGUCCCCCGAAUCAUGUGGUAUCCUCCCAGACCGGAACAUGCGUGCCGUGUGGAGAAAAUCUUGUCGCUUCCAAUGGGAAAUGCGUGGCUAAUUGCAAAUCCACCCUGCGAAGUGGGAAAAAACACUACGACGCGACAUCUUUACAAGGAUAUCGUACGAAAACAACAAAACAUUUCUUCCAAGCGACCGGUGAAACGUACUAUCAUCAGUACAAUAUCAGCUUCUGUGCUAGUGAAACAGCGACGUGCUCUAACACCGUUUACAAGGUCGGAGUUUCCAAUUCGCGAAAUUCCUUUUCCGGAUUAAUUUGCCGAUCGACUAUUCUGCUGCCCACGGAUGGAUCAAACAGCACCACCUCAGUCCAGUCCUUCGUCACUGGUCAAGAACUUAUCGGGAUCAGCGAAAAACUGCAAUAUGAAUCCAUAACAGCGGAAAACCAUUUUGACCAUAUAACAGCCGAAUUCUCAACCAACGAUGCUCCAGAUUUCCAUUAUUUUUGCCGUUCACUGGCUUCCACGAGCGCAUCUUGCCCAGCCGGGCGGAGCACGAUCAUCACCUUGCGAUGCAGCAAAAAUGUCACGUCUCUGGAAAUCCAUGUUCCUAGCGCUUGUCCGGAUGGAACUUGCGACGGGUGCAAUUAUCACUUUCUUUUUCUAACGCCCUAUGCUUGUCCACUUUGCGGACCCAAGGACUACACCAUCGUGCGCGGUGAGUGUUCUUCCGGACGGCAGAAUCUGUACUAUCAUGCUGUUCCUUACUGCCUGGAAACCAAUUCGUCGGCGAGUUUAACUAAGAAAAUUGAUUGCGCUUCCGUCCCGCUGUCUGUCCAAAUUACUCUCAUCGUACUGACCUUUGUGGGCAUCGUGCUCGUGAUUAUUGUUGUGCUUCUCUACAGGAGCGCACGAAACUAUCAGUACCGAUACAUGAAAUUAGUACAGGAUGCCUCCGGGGUUGUGCAUUUGCAGCUGCCGGAAAGCUGUGUAGAUGAGCAUGAACUAGAUGGUGAAAAUGGAGAAGGUCAGGAAGGAGAGGUUUCGGACCAAGGAUACGAUGUGGAGUUCCGCACCCCAUCGGAAACGGUUUACACUAAGGUCAAGAAAGCUGUAAUUAAGAAGAAGGAUCUGCGUAAGUUAUCGGGAAUCUCCGAAGGAUCACGAGAAGAAAAUCAGCUGUUAACGGAAUAAUAUAAUGUGCAGAUUGAAAAUGGCGGUAGAACGGAAAUAUGGCUAUCCACGAAUGUAUAUCUCGGCACUGAUAUUGAUCCCAAAUUUAGUUUUAUGCGUAACCUUUGUAGUUUCGUUUUUUUAUAGACAUUGAUGAUGCAUGAUGUUUUGUAUCACAGAAAAUAAACAUUGCUAUAACUAAACCACAGAUCGGUGCUUUCCGGAUUUUCUAGAUCC